AUGGAUCCCGCACACCCGAAGCUGGACGACACGGACAAGGCUGCCAUGGGCACCGUCGACGAGCCCAACAAGCUUCAGGGCUAUGGAUCCGCUCCCGAUAUCGUCGAUGAGGCAACGCGCGUGGUCGACCACAAGGCCGAGCGACGUCUUUGCCGACGGUUCGACCUGCGUCUGCUCCCGAUCCUGGCUGUGAUGUGUAUGUCUGCAGUGGAUUGUGCUCGUGCUCGUGUGCUCAUUUCUGACUCUCGACCUUUAGACCUUUUCGUGGCCUUGGACAAGGGCAACCUGGGAAAUGCAAAGACGGACGGAAUGACGGAUGAUCUCCAUUUCAAGCCCAAUCAGUAUAACCUGUUGCUAUCCAUUUUCUUCGUGCCCUUUGUGAUCUUCGCCCCGCCGUUAGCCAUGCUCGGAAAGAAGUUUAGUCCCGCUCGCGUGCUGCCCAUCUUGAUGCUUUCGUUCGGCUCUUUCACAUUGCUGUCCUCGGCCGCCCAUAACUUCGGGGGUAUCUUUGCGCUGCGCUGGUUCCUGGGCAUGGCCGAAGCCCCGUUCUUUCCCCUGGUCAUUUACUACCUGACCACGUUCUAUCGCCGCGGCGAGCUGGCCCGCCGACUGGCGUUUUUCUACGCUGCUUCGAACAUUGCGUAUGCCUUCUCGGGCCUCAUUUCGUUCGGCGUCUUCCAGAUUGAGGGAUCGCGUCUACCGAACUGGCGCUACCUGUUUAUUAUCGAGGGUGGAGCGACGGUCGUCUUUGCCGUGUUCGCCUGGUUCUACCUUCCCAGGAGCGCGGCCGAGGCCUCAUUCCUGUCCGAGGAGGAGAAGGCGCUAGCCUUCCAUCGGAUCCAGGUAGACUCGAGUGCCGUGGUAAACGAGAAGUUCAGCCUGCGCGAUGCGAUCGGUAUUUUCAAACAACCCACAACCUAUGUUUUCCUCUGCAUUGAAAUCUGCCUGGGUGUUCCGCUCCAGGGCGUGGCUCUGUUCAUGCCUCAGAUCGUGGCGCGACUGGGCUAUUCCACUGUCAAAACCAAUCUCUACACCGUGGCCCCGAACGUGACUGGCGCGGUAGUGUUGCUAAUUCUCGCCUUCUGCUCGGAUUACAGUCGGCUACGGUCGCCUUUCCUCGUGUUGGGCUUCCUGCUCACCUUCACUGGCUUCAUGAUCUAUGCCUCAAUUGACGACGUCCACAGGGAGCUGCAGGUGGCCUACUUUGCGACCUUCAUGAUGACGUGGGGCACGUCUGCGCCCUCGGUGAUUCUGAGCACCUGGUAUAACAACAACAUUGCGCACGAGGGCCGCCGUGUGCUUCUUACCAGUAUUGGUGUGCCCCUGGCCAACCUGAUGGGCCUGGUCGGCAGCAACGUGUUUCGGGAGCAGGAUGCCCCCAAGUACAUGCCCGCCCUGAUCACCGUCGGGGCCUUUGGGGCUACCGGAGCCUGUCUGGCGGGUCUGCUCGGGCUGUACAUGUUGCUUGACAAUAAGCGCCGUGACCGGCGCGACGGGGUGACCCUCCAUGCGCGGGAUAUCCCCACGGACCGCAUGCGCGAGGGCCCUUCGUCGCCACAAUUCCGCUGGUUCCUGUAA